UCUUGUCAGCUGUGUGGUGCUGUUGUUUUUCUUUCAAAUUUAAAGUCAUGUCGUAACCCGAACCGACUUCAAAACAACACAACCCGACAGCCAAAUUCCUAGUGCAGGCAUUUUAGGCGGAAAUCUCCAGCGGCAGACCGGUGCCCAGUCAUGUCGACCGCUUCGCGAGUGACUUUGGGACUGGCGGUCUCCAUUUCCACAGCGAUCAUAGGUUAUGUGCACUAUAAACAAUCGGCAGACCGCCUGAGACUGCACGAUGGUGUCCUGAGGGACGUUGAGCAGCAACAACGGCGCAAACACGAGAAUACCUACACGCUGCAGCAGCAAAUAGACAUGACCAAGCAACUGAAAGCCAGGGAGGCGUCUAGCAACUCCUCUGACACGCCCGUACCUCCAUCGACGCAUCGCGCACAGAGUAAUCUUCAAGCGGAGAAGCCAGCAGUGCAAAAUGAAGGCGAGGCUUUCAGAGGUGUUCCUCAGGGUGGAACGACUAAUCACGAUGGAAGCCCGCCAACUGACAUAGCUUGAUCACAAAUAUGCCCCUAAAUAUGCACCUAUUAAAAUCUAAGACUAAGUCGGGGAAAACAAGAAUUUCGUUGUUCAAAUGUACGCAUUUUUGAAGAUUUUAAGAUUUCGUCUUAAGACAGUUGACAGCAUCAUUUACGCUGUUGAUCGUUUUCAGUUGGUGAAGCCAUCUGCGCAUGGAAAUAUAAUUAAAACAACGUGGUAAGAUUCAAUCUUACAAAGC